AUGAAAUUCAACAAAGGGGUAUCCAAGCCAAGGGGUGCACUCUGUGCAGCCCUCUUCAACUGGCUGUAUGCACGGAAGACUGGCGGCAAGUUCGUUCUGCGCAUCGAGGACACGGAUACUGCUCGAUCCACGCGCGCUUCCGAGGAGGCCAUGAUCCGCGACCUUAAGUGGCUGGGUUUGGAUUGGGAUGAAGUCAGUCCUAGCAGCAGGCGGGGAGCAGACCUAAAGCUCGUGCGCGGAAACGGACGUAUCGCGCCUCAUGCAGGUCCUGAUGUGGGCGGAGCUUGCGGGCCAUACCGCCAGUCGGAGCGCACCGACAUAUACAAAGCCGAGGUGGACAAGCUGGUUGCGGCGGGGAAGGCGUACCCGUGUUUCUGCACGGAUGAGGAGUUGGAGGCGAUGAAGAAGGAGGCGGAGGAGAAGAAGCUGCCCCCCAUUUACCGAGGCAAGUGGGCCACUGCGACCCCUGUGGAGGUGGAGGCGGCCAAGGCUAAGGGGCUGCCAUACUGCUACCGCUUCCGAGUGCCAGCGAACCAGGAGAUCCGCAUCAACGACCUCAUCCGCGGAGAGGUCACCUGGAACACCGACACGCUGGGAGACUUUGUGGUGCUCCGCUCCAAUGGCAUGCCGGUCUACAACUUCUGUGUGGCAGUCGAUGACGCAUUAAUGGGCAUCACGCACGUGCUGCGUGCUGAGGAGCACCUGCCCAAUACGCUGCGUCAGAUGCUGAUCUACCAGGCGCUGGGCUACCCCGUGCCCCAGUUUGGCCACAUGUCGCUCAUCCUGGCGCCUGACAAAAGCAAGCUGUCAAAGAGGCAUGGCGCGACGAGCGUGGGCGAGUUCCGGAACCAGGGCUACCUGGCUCCGGCGAUGCUGAACUUCCUGUCGCUGUUGGGCUGGAACGACGGUACGGAGCAGGAGAUCUUCACUGUGGAGGAGCUCACAAAUAAAUUCAGUUUGGAGCGCAUCACCAAAAGUGCAGCCGUGUUUGACAAGGUCAAGCUGGGGUGGAUGAACGGGCAGCACCUGCGGAACCUGCCGGAGGAGGAGUCGACCUCCAUGGCAGUGGAACACCUGGUCAGCUGCGGUCUGCUGGCAUCCGCGAACUCCCCGUUUGCAGCGGCCGCUGUCAAGCUUGUCAGCAAAAGCAUGGAGCUGGUAACGGACUGUGAGCCGGAGGUGCGCAAGCUGCUGGGCUACCCAUUAGCGGAGACAGUCGCCUCGGCCGAGGCAAAGUCCGUGAUGGACGACGCGUUUGCGGAGGUCGCUGGGGCGGUGGUGUCUGCUUACGAGAGUGGCGAGCUGACGGCGGCGUUGGCCAAGGGCCACGACGGGUACAAGACGUGGGUCAACACCAUUGGCAAGGCCCAGAAGCGGAAGGGCAAGCGGCUGUUCAUGCCGAUGCGCAUCGCUCUGACGGGUCGCAUGGCUGGCCCUGAUGUGGGCGAGCAGCUAGAGGUACUGUCUAAGCUCCCGUCUCCGGCGGAAGUCGCGGAAGCAGGUGCUUACGUGCCACUGGCGGACCGCAUCGCACAGCUGAAGGCGUGGAUGCAGCAGCAGCAACAGUGACAUGGUCCGACGGAGGGAUUCUCCGCUUAACAUUUAGCUAAAGCAGUCGCGAGCGAUAUGACGUUACCUGCGUGAGAGGUGCUUGGUGGUGUUUACCCACUGUUCCCUGCUUGUUGGCGGUUUUAAAGGAUGUUUGUGUGACGGUUCCCGCCUCC